UCGGUAUAAAAAGAGCCAGUGUAAGAUAGGUCGGUACAGUCAGCCGUGAGUGUCACGGCUAAUUGGAAGUCUUUAAUACUUUCCGGUUAAUUGUUUUUAGUUUUUUUUUUUCUCCAAAACUGAACCCCAUCAUGUCGGAUCAAUCAAAAAAGAAUCUCCUGCUGUUCUUCGAUCGCCCCACGGAGCCAUGCUUCAUGCAGAAAGGAGACGAUGCCAUCUUCCAACUGCCUGACAACUUCUACCCAGAUAAAUACAAGACCGUUAGCAACACCCUUGCCAACCGCUUUGGUGAAAACGCACAGCGUAGCAUCCCUGUGCGCAACAUUGCCUUGCCGGACCUGUCCCUGCCUAUGGAACUCCCGUACAAUGACCAGUUUUCACUAUUUGUGCCUAAGCAUAGGAAAAUGGCUGGCAAGCUCAUCGAUAUCUUCAUGAACAUGCGUGACGUGGAUGAUUUGCAGUCCAUUUGCUCGUACUGCCAAAUGAGAAUGAACCCUUACAUGUUCAACUACUGCCUGUCUGUAGCUAUUCUACACAGAGAUGAUACAAAAGGAUUGAAUAUUCCUACCUUUGCGGAGACUUUCCCGGACAAGUUCAUGGACCCUAAAGUUUUCCGUCGUGCUCGUGAAGUGAGCACUGUUGUGCCCGUUGGCAACAGGCUUCCGAUAGUCAUUCCUCAAAAUUACACAGCGUCAGAUACUGAACCAGAACAACGCAUUGCGUACUUCCGCGAGGACAUCGGCAUUAACCUACAUCAUUGGCACUGGCAUCUCGUCUAUCCCUUUGACGCCGCUGACCGCGCAAUCGUCAACAAGGACCGACGUGGAGAACUAUUCUACUACAUGCACCAACAGAUCAUAGCUAGAUACAGCGCGGAGAGAUUAUGUAAUGAUUUGGGACGCCCUCGGCGAUACAACGACUUCCGAAGCCCGAUUGAAGAGGGCUACUUCCCUAAGCUGGACUCACAAGUAGCCAGUCGCGCCUGGCCCCCUAGGUUUGCAGGCUCCACCCUCCGAGACCUCGAUCGUCCUGUUGACCAGAUCAGGAGUGAUGUAUCAGAACUUGAAACUUGGAGAGACCGCUACCUUCAAGCAAUUGAAAAUAUGGCAAUUGUUUUGCCUAAUGGCCGUCAAAUGGCACUAGACGAGGAGACUGGAAUAGAUGUUCUCGGAAAUCUUAUGGAGUCGUCUAUUAUCAGCCGUAACCGUGGCUACUAUGGCGAUUUGCACAACAUGGGACACGUAUUCAUCUCCUAUUCUCACGACCCUGAUCACAGGAACUUGGAACAAUUUGGGGUCAUGGGUGAUUCAGCAACUGCAAUGCGUGACCCUAUAUUUUACCGUUGGCACUCGUACAUUGAUGAUAUAUUCCAGCUGUAUAAGAACAAGCUUCCUCCUUAUCCUGCCGAAAGGUUAGACUUCCCGGGCAUCCGAGUGUCCUCAAUCGGUAUUGAAGGUCAAAGUGGAGCAAACCUGUUUACCACCCAGUGGGAGCAGAGUACAGUAGAGCUUGGUCGAGGACUCGAUUUCACUCCUCGUGGAUCCGUGCUCGCGCGCUUCACGCACUUGCAACACGAUGAGUUCAACUAUGUCAUUGAAGUUAAUAACUCAAGCGGUGCGGACAUGAUGGGUACAGUAAGAAUCUUCAUGGCACCAAUGCUAGACGAGGGUGGCCGUCAAUUGUCCUUCGACGAUCAACGUAGACUUAUGAUCGAGCUUGACAAAUUCACAGAAGCAUUACCAGCUGGUAGCAGAACUAUCCGCCGCCGAAGCUUGGACUCUUCAGUCACUAUUCCCUAUGAGAGAACCUUCCGCAAUCAGACCACGCGCCCAGGUGACCCAGGCUCUGCUGAAGCCGCCGAAUUUGAUUUCUGUGGCUGCGGAUGGCCUCACCACAUGCUGAUACCAAAGGGUACGGAACGAGGAUACCCUGUUGUACUCUUCUGCAUGAUUUCCAACUGGAAUGAGGACAGAGUAAUUCAAGACUUGGUGGGCAGCUGCAACGACGCGGCUUCAUACUGUGGUAUUCGUGAUCGCAAGUAUCCCGACCGACGUUCUAUGGGUUAUCCGUUCGAUCGCCCCACUCCAGCUACCAGCAUAGCUGACUUUAUGACCCCAAAUAUGGCUAUUCAAGAAUGUGCCAUUCGGUUCACUAAUGCUACCAGACAGCGCGGUCAACAGCGGUAAGGGACAGGAGUUACACAUAAGAGAUAGGGUCAGUAUUCAAAAACGUAAACGCUUAUUCAAAAUUUUGUUGAAAUAGAAAAAAAUUGUGUUAUUUCAAAAUUUAAUCAUAUUGGUAAGGUUAUUAUGUAUUGAUGUAUAGAUGCCUAAAAACAACUAACAUACCUACUUACGACCCUGUCUCUUGGGAUUUGUGAAAUAAAAGACCAAUAGCUAAGAUUAACUAAAAACAAUUGACUUGCAGUAUAGCUAAUGAAGGGGUAAAAUCAAGUUCCCGCAACACGAGAUCCUGUGGAUGUCUUGAACAAUAUAGCCCAGAAGAUAUUGAUGCCCUUAUUAGGAAACCCUAUUACUAUUCUAAGUGUUCUCAUACAAAACAUCACAUAUUUUAAAAGCUGGCUACAAAACCCUGGAAUUUAAUGUUGCCUUAAGUUCUCUUUUGGCAAAAACGACAUGGCAAGAAAAAUGGACUUUGAUUUUUCAUUUCAUUAUUUUUUAGGUUUAAGUUUUGGGUCACUUAUUAUAGCUUAGCUCUUUAAGUAUAUGUACAUAUGUAAAUACUUCGAAAUACAUUAGACCGAAUAAAUAAGCCUUUCAC